AUGGCGGACAUUGUGGUGCGAGUGAUGGAAUAUUUACUGGACGAGAAGUUUGGCGAAGCUGUGGAGGAGUUUGCAAACAAGCAUUGUGAUAUUUUUGAAAUCGAUGAAGAGGAACAAAAACUUGAAUAUACAAACGUGUACAAUAAAUUCCUAAAACUCUUUGAGGCAAAGGUAGAGGAAAUGUUGAAGGAAAAUGGAGUAACUCCUCAACAAUUUUAUAUUGAAUGUAAGAAACUGUCCGAUGCCGGUGAUCAGGAAAUUGUCGAGUUUUUACUGGCCUUGUCUGAUUACGAAGUUUUCCUCAAUAUGAUGAAAGAAAUUAAAUUAAGAAAAUUAGGAAGAGAGAAAUAA